AUUUUCAAAAUGCAAUUGAAAAUCUUGUGCAAGGAAGACUUAGUCCAUUUUUAUUACCAGAAUCCAUUUUAGAACAUACCAUUCGGCAAAUUGAACACAAACUUGCAAAGCAAUACAACAAAUUCUAUCUUAUUCUCAAUCAUCCAGCUCAAUUCUACAAGGAAGCUGACUUUAUAUAUGCACGACAUGGGUCAUCACUUUACCUUACUGUUCGAUUUCCAAUUUCUUCGCAUGCAAAUCCCUUAACACUCUACCAAAUCCUUUCCCUCCCUGUUCCCAUUAACAGCACUUCUAACCAUGCCUCCCAACUACUAGAUAUGCCUGACUAUUUAGCAAUGUCUGGUCGUCAUGAUCAGUUUGCCAUUAUUAACCAGAAACAACUUUCAAAAUGUGCUAAAACUCAUGCAGCUCUUAUGUGCAACUUUAACAUUCCACUAAUCCCUACCACUGUCCCAAACUGCAUAACAGCACUGUUCUUUAACAACAAGAAACAGAUUAAGAAUCUGUGCAAUUUUAGAUUUAUUCCAAAUCUGUUAGAGUCAAACCUUAUUGAAUUGACGCCUACCUCAGUUUUGUUGUACAAUGUCAAAAAUAUAAACGUUGACUGUCCAAAUUACCAAAAAGUGUCACAGGGGUGUACAUUUUGUAUUUUUGAUCUCCCAUGUCAAUGUUCAAUUUCAACUGAAUCAAUGAUUUUUACACCAAGAUUGGUAGACUGUCAAAAGCAACUUACAAAUGUUUCUAUAUUGUACCCUGUCAAUUUAGCUUUGUUACAGGAAUUUUUCAACAAUUCUAAAUUAGCAUCAGUCUUUGGUGACACCACUUUUCCUGACCCAAUUGACUCAAUUGUACCUCAGAUGAAAAUUUAUAACCAUUCAUUUUCUGAAGUUUUGGUUGAUGAUAGAACUUUUCAUUUAAGUCUAAAGAAAAUUGCAAAAGCUGCUAAACAAGAUAGUGUGGCAUUCAAAUCAUUAGAAGAACCACUGUUAGAUGGUCAAAUUUUUCUAGACUCAGACUAUUUUGAUACCAAGUCAAUAUUGUUAUAUGUCACAGUAACUGGUACAGUUGUAUCUAUUAUUAUUUGUGUCAUACUUAUUAUUAAGCUAAGGCAAUUGGCAGCUGCAUUAAUUGUUUUACAAAGAGUUGUUUCUGUAAAAUCACUGAAAUCAGAAUUACCAUCAUUUAUUUAUGAAAAUCUUGACAAGAAAAUUGAAACUGAUACAGAAAUACAAAACACAUUUUUCUCUGAAUUUGGUUGGAUUCAAGCAUCUGUUGCCAUAGGCAUUAUUGUUUUUGUUGUUUUAAUUAUCAUUCUUAUUUUAUUGAUUUGUCUUCGAAAACGUCAAAAAGGUACAACUCUGUAUUUGGAAAUUACAUCUGGAGGUGACUGUGUCACGAUCCCUAUUGUUCGUUUGCCUUUGUGUCCCUCCUAUUGGAACAUCUCUAGAGUUAAUGUAGAGGAUGUAACUGUUUCAUCUUUUCCAUCAUGUAAAAUGUUUGUACAAUGGGAAAAUUUUCAAAUUACCAGCAAACUCAAUGCUAGAACAAUCAAAGUUAAAGAUUCAUUUAGCAUUUCUUACUUAGAGUAUUAUGCACUCAAACGCAUCAUAAACCAACCAUUUUGUGCAUAUGUAUUAAUUGGUCAUCAACGCAUGUUCAAACCUCUAAAUCCAUCUCAAGAAAUUGACCCAUAAAUUUCUUAACAACUUUUAUUGGCCCAGUGUACCUUUUAGCCACAUUCUCCCAUGUUUUGUGCAGUCUAACUUACUGAUUUGAAACAUAUGGCUUAUUUGUGAGAGUGUUAUGUCUGUGUGUAUGUCAAAUUUUUCACAUUACUAUGUUUCAUGACAUUAUUUUCCUUUUUCCAGGUAUGUUCAGAAAUUUGUAUUGGAAUGUUUUACAAUCUAAGAAUACCUGGACUGAUUCAUUUUCAUGGCAUACUUUUGAUGCCUGACUUUCUGUAAAUAUAUGUGUAUAUAUAUAUACCUUUUUAUUUUCCAUAGAAAUAGACUUUUUCCUUUAUGUUACAGUGUAUAAUAUUUUUCUUUUUUUUUCAAAAUAGGCUUUAGGGUCUAAAGCCAUUCAGAGAAGGGUGGAGUUGUCAUGUUGUAAAUUUUGUAUUUACUGCCACCCGGUAAAUUCAAAACUUUUAAAUAUAUAUUUUUGUUAUUGAUUUUAAAUAUUUUUAAUUAAUUCAUUCAUUUAAUUUAAAUACUGCAAAUUCACUUACAAGACAUUUAUUAUUUUUAUAAAUAUCUAAUUAACACCAACUUUAUUAAAGUAUAAAUGAUAUUAUUUUGAAUUAAGAAGAGAUAUUGCAAUAGUCAUGAUUAUUUAAAUGACAUUUCCUAUUUUUGUUUAGACACCUUUUUACUUGGAUUUUUGCAAGCAAAUUCUGAAACGGAAAUAAUCCCUUGAUAAAACAUUGUUCUUGACCAUUCCUUUGUCCUUUUUGUAGCUUAGGCAAAUAGGGUUAAUUGAUAACAAGGAAGAUUCUGACACUUCCCAGGUAGACAAAGGGUGACACUUAUAUUUUACUCAAUCUUGGCAAUUUUAUGGUCUUUGAUCUAUUAAGUUAGCUCUUUCACAGUUUACUUAUCAGAUAAUUAGGUGAUAACUUUGAAACCAUUUAGCCUUGAGUGAUUCGGCCCUCCUUUUUCUAUAAUCCUUUACGUAAUAAUUAAAUAGAGCUUUCGGACAGAUCGUAAAUUAGUUUUUCUAUCACAUGACCAAAAUGUAGUUUUUUGAUUGGAUACCUGCUGGUCAGUCGGAAUUUGGUAUAUGCGCUCGCGUCCUUUUUGUGGUCAUUCCAUUGCGAGCUCUGAUUUACAAUAUACGUAUCGACAAGCCUUAUUCUGACUUUGUUUUAUUAUUUGCAGGUAUGAUACAAUUUUUAUAUUAUUUUUUCAAGUUACUUUGAAAAGAUAUUUGUUUUUAUUGGUAAUGAUCUGAGUUUCAUAAUUCUUUUAUUUACAAUAAUUUUUGCCAUUUGAGAAAUACUCUUAUUGAACCUCUCAGGGAUAAUUUUAUUGUUUUGUAAAUAGAAAAUGGUGUCAAUUUUUAUGGUUUAUUUCACCUCUAUAUUCACAUUUUUUAUUUCAAUUGCAUUCUGAUGUUUUUAUAUCAUAUUCUCGACAAAACUGAAUUCUUGUUAGACUACUGUAUUUGAAUUUCGCGCUGUUUCUAAAUUUACCAUAGAACUCUUUAGUACCGGAAGUUACAAAAGUUAAGAUCUAUUUUCAUUUUAUGCACAUGUUUUCGGGAGAGUACAAAAUCAUGGAAUUUGUUAACAAUAAAUGGUAUUUAAGCAUUUGCAACUUGUGCACUAAGACCACUAGUGUCCCUUGCACCUUCAAAGCAAAGCCAUUGGAACGGCUAAUUCCCCAUCUUGAGUACCAAUUCCCCAAACAACCAUAACAUAAACUAUUAAGAAG